CUUCGAUCUUCUUCAAAAAGUCAGAUCAAGGUGCCUACCACUUAAACAUCUAAUUAUGGUGACCGAGCCUUUUUUGUAUGCGCGCCUAAACUUUGGAAUUACAUUACUUGAUGUGCUUAUGAAGGUCAUUUAUGACUUUGAUGAAUCCUUGAGUAUCCGGGUUUGGUGAUGUUUUUAGUUUGCAUUUCUGAUGUUUUGGAGUUGGGUCUAUAUUUUUACGGGAUUCCUGGGGCGCUGUGGUAAUGGAUGUGUUAAUCUAGUCACUCCUGGAGAUGUUUAUUUUAUUUUCGUGAUAGAAGGUUUUUAGAACGCCUACCAUAAAUACACAAUCAUUUAUCUAAUUAGUUAAAAUCGUAUCAUGAUUAUGAAUUUUUAAAUUUGUAUCCAGACAUCUUCCCCUUUGAAGGAUCAAACUGAUGGGUAAUAGCAAGAAAAAGAGGGAGCUAAUAACAAAGUUUUGUCAGUCUUUGUUGGAGGUAUUGUUUGGGGUACGUUAAUUUUUCAUUGCAUACUUUAAUCCAAUAGAAUUCACGAAAAUAAAUUAUCAAGAUAAAAGACUUUUCAGCUUGUUUUUCUUCGCGCAGCAGAUGCCACGUUAUUAAUCAAGGGAGUUGGGCUUGUGACAGGAUGGAUGUGGGAAGAAUUUACAAUUUUCACGCAUUUUAUUUGCUAAUCCCAUGGCUGAUAGUAGCAUUUGGAAAUGCCAUAUUACACAUGGAGCAUAGCAAACUGGGUCAUUACGUCAGAUUUGUUGAUAAGCGACUAAACGAAUCAAUCAUAGCCACGCAUCACGUGAUGUGUCACAUGGACUGCGCUAUGCUCUGCACCAGUCACCCGCGAUGCCUCUCGUUCAACCACGGAACCGUACCAGGUGGCCAAGAUGUUUGUGAACUCUUGUCCUCCGAUGGGUACAGCCAUGGAGCGUUAAACAGACUGCAGGAAAACUCUUCCUUUUCCUUUUAUAGGGAGAACGAAGCCAUGGAAAGUCGGAGUUGCCUGGAUUAUCUAAAGCGAGGGAGAACAGAAGACGGAAUUUAUCUCAUCCAUACUCCAGGGGUGGGACAUCUGCACGAAGUCUUCUGUGACUUCUCCACUGAACCAGGGUGGGCGUGGACACUGCUCGUAUCCUUCGCACGGAAGCAUCGAAACAAAGACGCCUUUUGCACAGUGGGGUACACGCUAGACAGUCCAUCAAACGAAGAGACACCGAAUCUGGAAGACUUCAGAUUCUCAAAGCAACGCAUGACAGCUAUACGCGACCACUCGACGCACCUCCGAGCCACCACCAAUUACAAACCAGGGAGCGCCCUGUCGUACAGAGACUACAUCCGCGGAAAGAUUUCCAACCUCGAUUUGACCAGUUUUACAGGAGCAGAUUAUUGUAAGAAGGUAGAUUUUAUCAGUAUUCGCGGUAUUGAGGGGCGCGAUAUUCUGGUUUCUUUCUGGCAAUUUCUAAGAAAACCACUACACAUUGACCCGUAUUUUGCAACCUGCCCUUUUAAUGCAAAACAAGGAAGUCAGUAUGAUGAGAAUAACUUUGGCAAUUAUUGUCCUGAUGGAGAAAUGAGUACAGGGUUCAGUGGGUCGGCGACGGAGGAAAGUACCACCCAGUGGUGGUUUGGGGGCAAUGCUUAUCAUUAAAUGACCAUUUGAAGCCCGUAACUAAGGGGGUGGUAGUGAGGGAGGGGGAAUGCUUAUCAUUAAAUGGCCAUUGUUAAGCCCGU